UGAAUUACUUAAAUAAAUGAAAAAAAAUAUAUUUUUUAAUAUUAUAAAUAAAUUCUUGUGUGUAAAAUAAAACUUCUAAUUUAUGAAUGAAACUUAAUAAUAAAUAUCUUGAAGUCAAAUAAAUGUGAUUGGACCACACAACAUUCUAUGGAAAAGGAACCUAAACAGUUUAUUAAUUUUAUGAGUGUCUUAUUUGGCAACAAGGAUGGCCGCUAGCAAUACCCACUGGAGAACUUAUACUUCAUUUGGGGGCCCUUAAUGAGACCCAACUAAAACCAGGAGAUAUAUAUUUGUGUGUAAAAAAAGAUAAUUUUGGCGUACCACAAUUUCAUGCAGUUUGGCGUUCGGCAUAUGGUAAAGCAACUGUACAAAGUCGUUGCAUAGAUUAUAGCGAUCCAAAGGCAUAUCUAAGUGUUCCUUCUUUGGAAAUGUUGACCGACGAACUACCGCAACUUUUGCAAAAUUUGCUUGUGGGCGUAGAACGUUCCAUUGGGCGUAUAUCAUUAAAUGAACUUCAAACAUAUAGUGUUGGCGAUCAGCAACAACAACAACAGCAGCAGUUUGUGUCUGCGGUUGAUGACACCACCAACAACAACUGCAAUUUUACUAGCAACAAUGGUGUUGCACGUGUCAAUAUAACAAAUUCACCAAAAUGCGCUCUGAAGCGCAGCGAAUUAAUAACCAAAAAUAAAUUACUAAGCAACAAAUACAUGUUGCGGCGUUUAACGAAUCGUCAGGAUAGCAUGAAUUCCACCUCAUCUGGCAAUAGUUGCAACAGCAACAGUAGCAUUUCGAGUGAUGAACUAUUGUACAGUCAUAACAGCAACAAAAACAACAACAACAAUAAUAGUAACAGCAACAACAAUGAUGCCACAUUAAGAAAUAACAAUGAGGCAAAUAAAUCGAACUCUAUAUCACCUGCGCUACCACUCUUUUGUUUGGGAAACUCUUUUCCACACAUCGACAGUGAUGAAGAGAAUCCAGACGACAAACGAAAUUCACUGGAAUGUGACCAAAUAGAAAAUGAAAUCAUACCACCAAGUUCAAUUACGGAAUUACCUGAGAAGCUGUUAGCAUCUGGAAUAUAUUUACCAGGUACACGUGAUCUGCAUGGUCAUCCUUUAGUGACUGUGGAUGCAGAAGUUGUCAUUGCCGCUGGUUUAAAUUGCUAUGAAGUAGCCACCGUACUUCUGUACUAUAGUACAAUACCAGAAAGAUAA